CCCGCAGCUCCCGACAUGGCCCUCAAGCUCGUCCUCGUGUCCGCCCUCGUGGCCGCCGCCCUCGCCGACCAGAGGCCCUAUAGGCCACCCACCCCCCAGCCCACCUACGGUACACCACGGCCCUCCUACGGAGCACCCGCCCCGUCCUACAGCCAGCCCCAGCAGACGUCACGCCCCCAGUACCAGUUUGACUGGGCCGUCAACGACGCGCCCUCCGGCAACGACUACGGCCACCAGGAGUCCCGCGACGGCUAUGACACCCAGGGCAACUACUACGUGCAGCUGCCCGACGGCCGCCUCCAGCGCGUCGACUACACUGUCAACGGCGACUCCGGCUUCGUGGCGCAGGUCACCUACCAGGGCGAGGCUCAGUACCCCCAGCAGGGAUACGGCUCCCCAAGACCUUCCUACGGCCCACCCGCCCCCACCUACGGCACCCCCGCCCCCACCUACGGCACCCCCACCCCCGCCUACGGGUAAUGCCGCCCACGCCUGACGAUGCCCGCGUCCUUCCAUCAUUGUAAAUAGGUCACUGCUGCUUCCCGCUCCUAAGAUGCAAUAAACGUAAAACGCACCACAUGCCUUCCCUUCCUCUUUCAUCCAUCUCGGUUUUAUAGUCUCCAGGCACUCGAGAGCCUUUGGUCUUCAUGAAGGGAACUGGCGGUCAGCCCCGGUCCGUAACGGCGACCAUUUUGUUUCCGUCCCGAGGAACACCUUGCCAUCCAUUUGUCAUGCACAGAGUUCUCACCCUUCCUAUUCCCCCCGUCACUGCAU